CACCGUUCGGUAAUUAGGGUUUUGCAGAAUCCCGUUCCUAUUCAACCAUAUGUAGUCUGUACUCUCUCUCUCAAACAUUAAUAAUUGAGUUCCGCAUUGCAUGUUCAUCGAUUUGUGCACUCUUUCAUCUUCGUACUCGCUGCAUUUCGAGCAAUUCUUUUCCUUAAAUGGCCAAAGUGCAGGAAAACCCUCACACUCCUGUUGCUUCAAGGCCAAUUUCAGACCCUGAGAAGGAAGUUCCCAUUGUCUCUUCCGCUAGUCCACCUAAUCCCGACGCUAAUGAGGCUGCUUCCAAAUCCAAGCCUUGCCCUUCUCUCGACUUUAUUGCUUCUGCAGCCGCGAAGAUUGCAUCUCAGCCUCUUCAGAACUCCGAUCCCGACGUAUGGGGCGUUCUGACUGCCAUCUCUGUCAGUGCUCGUAAGCGUCACCAGGGCAUGAAUAUGCUACUGACUUCUGAGGAACAUAACAUUGGCCGUAUGGUAGAUGACUUGCGUUUCCAGAUCGAUGCAAAUUCGGUCAGUGCAAAACACUGCAGAAUUUACAGGAAGAGGGUAGAUAAUGAAAACCACUCAGAGUCUUCAUCUACAUCUUGCAUGGCUGCCUUUUUGAAGGAUAAUAGCACUAAUGGGACAUAUCUAAACUCGUCAAAGCUAAAGAAAACCAGCCCUGAAACUACACUACGUCAUGGGGAUAUUAUAUCUUUGGUAGCUCCUCCUCAACAUGAACAGGCCUUUGCUUUUGUAUUUCGAGAAGUUCUCAGAUCAAAUUCUUCAGGCAAUGGCUUAAACUUGAAGAGAAAGUCUGAGGAACAUGGUUCUGAAAGCAAGAGAGUAAAAGGCAUUGGCAUUGGUGCACCUGAAGGUCCUAUAUCUCUUGACGACUUUAGAAGCCUUCAGCGAUCCAAUACGGAGCUACGAACGCAAUUAGAAAGUCAGGUCAUUACAAUUGAGUCUUUGCGCAAUGAAAAUCGUGCAGCUACUGAACGUCAUGAGCAUGAGAUGAAUGAUUUGAAAGCAACUGUUUCAAAUUCUUUCGUGGAUCAACUCAAGGAACUACAAAAUUCACUGGAGAUCAAACAUAAGGAAUUAUCAGAAAUCCAAAGAAUCUCAGCUGAACAAAAGCACGGAAUGGAGGACCUUAACAAGAGACUCGAAUCGUCAAUGCAGUCAUGUGCUGAAGCAAAAGAAAUAAUAAACAGUCAGAAUGCAUCUAUAUCUGAACUCAAGGCACAGUUAUACGAAGAACGAGAACAAAGAAAAGAAGAACGAGAAAAGGCAGGUGCGGAUUUAAAGGAGUCAAUACAGAGGGUUCAGGCAGAGGCUCAAGUGGAGAUAAAACGGGUCUCCGAAGCAUUUUCAAAACGAGAGAAGGACCAACAAGAACUUAUUAAUAAGCUUCAGGAACUAGAGAAAGAACGAUGCUUUUUGGUGGAAACCUUGAGAUCCAAGCUGGACGACACACGAGAUAAAUUAGUUAUCUCCGAGAAUAAAGUUCGACAACUAGAAGCCCAACUUUGUGAAGAGCAAGAAGUUUCCGCGAAUGGGAAAAAUAAAAUUGAAGAACUCGAGCUGGAGAUCAAAAGGUUGACUCAGGAACUUGAGAAUGAAAAGCAGUCAGCUAGAGAAGAAGCGUGGGCUAAAGUAUCCGCUCUUGAACUCGAGAUAAACGAUGCAAUGAAAGAUCUUGAUUAUGAGAGGCGUGGAUUGAAAGCAGCUAGAGAAAGAAUUAUGCUCCGAGAGACGCAGCUAAGGGCAUUCUAUUCGACGACAGAAGAAAUAUCAGUAUUGUUUGCAAGGCAGCAAGAACAGUUAAAGGCAAUGCAAAGGACAUUAGAAGACGAAGAUAAUUACGAUAAUACUUUUCUGGACAUCGACCUUAAUCGCCCAAUGAACAUAAAAGGAGAAGUAUUGACAAAAGGUCCUAUAAUAUCCAGAAGGCCAGUAAGAGAUGUGUCUGACACAUCGACUGACGGUGUCAGUGAGACAGAGAAGCACGACUGCGAAAAUCGAAGCCAAGAGUAUCAGAACACUCAGGAGGCGGAAUUCACUAGCGGUGAGCAACAACAGAAGGAAGGUGAAGGUUUCGGUUCAGAAAUAGAACCAAUCCCAAUCGUGGAUCUCACAGGAACCGAACGAGUGCUCGACACCGAGAGCCAAGUAGGUUUGAACCAAUUGGACGACGACGAUAGAGACAGAAUAACUAAUUCUGUUUCAAAAAGGGACAUUGAAAUCGAAACUCAGAAUAUGGAAGAUACGGAAAUGACAGUUGGGAUCAUCAUUCAGACUGCUGAUCUUGUAACUUCUGAAGUAGCAGGGAGCUGGGCUUACAGUACGGCUCCUUCGAUGCACGAUCAGAUCCUGGCCGUUGAUUCUCACGAGAGCCAAACUACCCCAGUUUCCGAGAUUCUUGCUAAUAAAAGGAAUCUAGAACGACAGGCUUUGAGCCAGAUGAUUGGGAUCGUAGCACCCGAUAUGGAGGAGGAAUUUGCAGGGGCGGCGAAAAGAGAAGAUGGUGAUAAAGCUGUUGAUUCGAACUCGGAUACUGAAGACUAUACAGAUGGUGAGGAAAAUAAGGAAGAUGAUGAUGGAGUUGAGAGAGGGAUGAAAGAAGAUGAUGGAGUUGAGAGAGGGAUGGAAGAAGAUGAUGAUGGAGUUGAGAGAGGGAUGGAAGAAGAUGAUGGAGUUGAGCGGAUGGAUGAAGAUGAGGAAGAUACUGAAGAGGAGGAGGAGGAUUAAGUUGGCAACAAUGGAAGAUGAUGAUGAUGACUGUAAAUAAGAUUGGUAAGUCUGUAAUUCUUUUUUCUUUUUGGUGAGUUAAUUUUUGUAUGAAUAUGAUUCUUAUGUGCAUGCUAAGUGGUUUAGUGGGGGUGAAAGCAGUUAGGUUGAGUUAUUUUUUUCACUGAAAAUCUCGGGUUUAACUGUUUGACAUCAGUUUUUCAACAUCUUUAGCCGUGGUUUAAGGUUAGAUAUGCAUAUAGUUUAAGCACAAAAGUUCAGCUUCAUUAUCUCCAUGGACAAUUCACAAAAAAAUAUGAAAUAGCAAAGAGUAUGGCUGCCACGCUUAAACUGUUGCAUCAUUGGUUGACUUUGAAUUGGAUCGAUCUAAUGUUCUUUAUC